CCGAGGCCUCGUCCGUCAUUUCAAAAGAACAGUUGGGCGCCGCGGCUGCCGCGGUCACGGUUCCCGCUGGGUUCCAUCCCUGACGCGGCCCCGCGUCCCUGGGGAGCUGAGCUAGGCUAGCGGUCGCGCCGGCUUUAUGCUCAGCAGCGACUAACGCUCCCGGGCGGGCCGGCCGCGCGGUUGGGGCAUCUGAAGCGGAGAGAAUAGGCGGUGAGGCGCCGGCCCCAGUAUGUCGUUGCCUCCAGAGAAAGCCUCCGAGCUGAAGCAGCUCAUCCACCAGCAGCUGAGCAAGUUUUCUACAUAGAUGGACGUCCAUGGCAGAAUAAGAGAAAUUCUUGCGGAGACAAUACGGGAAGAAUUAGCUCCUGAUCAACAACAAUUAUCAUCAGAAGAUUUGAUCAAAGCUCUUAGACGUCGGGGAAUCAUUGAUGAUGUGAUGAAAGAACUUAAUUUUGUUACUGACAAUGUUGAUCAAGAACUCCCUCCCUCUCCAAAACAAUCAGUUUGUUUUACUGAUAGACAAUCAACGUUGUUAAAAAAAACUAAUAUUGAUCCAACACGGAGGUAUCUUUACCUUCAGGUUUUGGGUGGAAAAGCUUUCUUGGAACAUCUGCAAGAACCUGAGCCUUUACCAGGACAAGUUUGUUCAACCUUUACUUUAUGUUUGCAUUUUCGAAACCAACGUUUUCGUUCUAAACCUGUUCCAUGUGCCUGUGAACCAGAUUUUCAUGAUGGCUUUUUACUUGAAGUACACAGAGAAAGCUUAGGUGAUGGGACUAGAAUGGCUGAUUCUACAACAAUGUUAUCAAUAAGUGAUCCAAUUCAUAUGGUGCUAAUCAAAACAGAUAUAUUUGGUGAGACUACUUUAGUAGCAUCCUAUUUUCUUGAAUGGCGAUCAGUUUUGGGCUCAGAAAAUGGAGUGACUAAUCUUACUGUGGAACUUAUGGGUGUAGGCACAGAAUCAAAAGUUUCUGUGGGAAUUUUAAAUAUAAAGCUUGAGAUGUAUCCACCACUCAAUCAAACAUUAUCUCAAGAAGUAGUGAACACACAGCUUGCUUUGGAACGUCAGAAAACUGCAGAGAAAGAGCGAUUAUUUCUUGUGUAUGCUAAGCAGUGGUGGAGAGAAUAUUUGCAAAUUCGACCCUCACACAACUCACGGCUGGUUAAGAUUUUUGCUCAGGAUGAAAAUGGGAUAAAUAGACCAGUUUGUUCCUAUGUUAAACCACUUAGAGCUGGGCGGCUUCUGGAUACCCCAAGGCAAGCAGCAAGAUUUGUAAAUGUCCUUGGUUAUGAAAGAGCCCCUGUUAUCGGAGGAGGAGGUAAACAGGAACAGUGGUGCACUCUGCUGGCCUUUCUCUGUAGAAAUAAGGGUGACUGUGAAGAUCAUGCUAACCUUCUGUGCAGCCUUCUUCUUGGAUAUGGAUUAGAAGCCUUUGUCUGUGUUGGGACUAAAGCAAAAGGAGUACCUCAUGCUUGGGUUAUGACUUGCGGAACUGAUGGAACUAUCACCUUUUGGGAGAGCCUAACAGGACACAGGUACAUCCACAAGUCUACCAAUCCUGAUGAACCUCCAGUUGCUGAACAGCCCAAACCACUGUAUCCAUAUCGAACAGUUGGUUGUGUUUUCAAUCAUCAGAUGUUUCUGGGAAAUUGUCAGUCCUCUGACUCAGUAGAAAUCUGUGUAUUUGAUUUGAAUGAUGAAUCUAAAUGGAAACCCAUGAGUGAAGAAGCAAUUAAAUCUGUGUGUGCUCCAGGAGCUACAACAUCCCUUCCUCCCUUUCCACCUCUUUGUGCAUCCACAAUUGAUGCUUCUGUAACAAGUAAUGAAAUAGAAAUGCAGCUAAGGUUACUAGUGUCAGAGCACAGGAAGGAUCUUGGCCUCACUACUGUUUGGGAAGACCAGCUUUCUUAUCUCUUAUCACCAGCUUUGGCUUCUUAUGAAUUUGAGCGUACAACAAGUAUAUCUGCAGGCAAUGAAGAAUUUCAAGAUGCCAUAAGGAGGGCUGUACCUGAUGGUCACACAUUUAAAGGGUUCCCAAUACAUUUUGUGUAUAGAAAUGCAAGGCGUGCGUUUGCCACAUGUCUUCGGUCUCCUUUCUGUGAAGAAAUAAUAUGUUGCCGUGGAGACCAAGUGCGACUGGCUGUUCGUGUCCGAGUGUUUACUUAUCCUGAAUCUGCCUGUGCUGUUUGGAUCAUGUUUGCUUGUAAAUAUCGCUCAGUAUUAUAGGACUAACAUUUCUAUAAGGAUACCUGUGUUUUAUUGGGAUUUUAUAAAUAGUAUAUGUUUAGGAGUUAUUUUAAAAAUCACAGUCUGGCUUGAGUGUCAUAUUUCAGUUUUGUUUAUACCUGUAAUGUUUGAAGAGGAAAUGAUGUAUGUAUUUAAAAAUUAAGGAUGAAACACUUGCAUAAAAUUGAGUGGAAUUUAGUAUGGAUUAAGUGUAUAUUCUAUUUUAAUAAAUACUAUUUUUUCACAGGUAUUCAGUAGUUUAAAUGAUGAAUGUAAAAUUUACUUAGUUUUCUUUACAUUAAUACAUAAUCAAAAUGAUAUUUGUCUGAGGGUUUGAGCCAUAGUAAAAUCAAUGUGAGCAUUAUUUUUCUUAGAUUAAUGGGAUUAUUUAUAUAAAUUGGGAGAAAUUAACCUCACAACAGAUUUUCAUCAUGGUCAUAGGAAUAUUUGUGAUUUUCAGAGAUUUAUGGGAAAAUUUUGAUGCAAGAUUAGGAAAAAACUAGUACUGGAAAAGUACAAGUACUAAUAACAAUACAAAUCUCACAUGAAUGAAAGUACAUGAGUAAUUUAUAAGUAUUUGUUAAUUUUAUUCAUUAUAAAAGUUAUUAGGUAUUUUAGGAAAAUUUAUUAUACCCUUUUGUUGUGCUGACAAAUUGUUACCUAUAAUUAAUAUUUAGCAUUCUGUUGCUGAUUUUCUGUGGUCAAAGAGUUCAUUACUAACUAACCUUGUCAUGGAUUCCAUGUUCUGAAAACAUUUUUUUCUUUCUGUUUUUAUUUCAUCAUGAUAAAAACAGCAGUAUAGACAUGACUAAUAUAAAUCAGAGACUCAUUGUGUGAGGCCAGGUAAAAAGAAGCAUACAUGAUGUAUGCUGAUCAGCAUGGGGUCAAUGUUUGGUUUAAAAUUGAGCACGUUUUACAAGUGAACAAGCCAUUUAAAAGAAUAGCAAUUUGACUUUUUUGUAUCAAUAAGAAGUUGCAUAAUGUAAGUGAUAGGUUUUACUGUCAUUCAACAUCUCUGUGCACAGGUCUUAUCAGUGUCCUUAAGUAAUUGGCCCUAGCCUGGUGGUUCAUUUGGUUGGAACAUUGUCCAUACACCAAACCGGUUGCCAGUUCGAUUGCCAGUUCGAUUGCCAGUUAGGGCACAUAGCUAUGUUGCAGUUUGAUCCCGGUUGGGGCAUGUACAGGAAGGCAACUGAUGUUUCUCUCUCUCUCUGUCUCAAUGCCUGCCUCUCUGUCUCUGCCUCUCUCUUCUCCCUUCAUCUCUCCCUCCCCUCCCUCCUUUUCUUCUUUAAAAAUCAGUAAAAACAUAUCCUUGGGUGAGGAUUAAAAGAAAAAAGUAAGAAAAUAAUUGUAUACUAGUUGGCUCUGCAAGUUAUGUGUUUCAUUAAUUUGCCAUUGCAAAUAAAAUGAUUUAAUGUUUUCUGACAAAAAUAAAAAAAAUCCUAAAAGUUACCUUUUGCUGUAUUUUUAAAUAUAAACAUUUAUGAUUUAACUUGUUUUAAAGUCUGAAAAUAUCCCCCUUUUGUCAAUUUUCAUUGAAAGCAACAAUGAAGUGUUUUUUUGUGAGACUGUUUUGACUUUAGAAAAUUAGCAAAAUAGGAAUUAAGAUCUUUAUUCUGUUGCCAAAAUUGCUCAUAAAGCUAUCAAUAGGGAAAAUUGCUUGUUAGGGCUUGGGACUUUUUAACUUGUGGAACAAACUAUGAGACAUGUAUUAAGAGGCAAACUAUAUUAAGAUGAAAGCUAUACUAUCAUUGAGACUGGGUUUCAUGUAUUUAUAAAUGCUCCUUUAGUAUAAAUUCUAAAAUAACUUUACUUUUUAUUCACUUUAAUAGAAUCUGACAUGAAUUAAUGUUUUUCUCCAAAUAUGGUUUAUUGCAAAAGAUUAUUUCACUGCAUUUAUCACUAAAAUUCCACUACUUACAAUAAUUUUUCUUUUAAAAAAUUAAAUUUACCUUGUGUAUUUAGCUCUGUCAUAAAAGUUUUUCUAUUAAAAACAUAAAAUUUUUUUAUA